AUGCGAUUCGCCAGCAUUACCGUUGCCACACUCCUGGGCGUAGGUGCCAAUGCUCAGUACUUCCGCAACUCUUCAAUCGCAACGGGAUCGGAACAAUCCGUGGUGACCACCACCCAGUCCAGUGCCGUCACUGUCUUUACCACCUACUGCCCAUCGCCAACCGUAUUCACCUCGUACGGAGAGACAUACACGGUUUCCUCACCAACCACGCUGACGGCCACCGUUUCAAGGACUGCACCAGCACAAACAGGUACAGAAGCAACUGGGGCAUCCGUAACGGUUACACAGCUCUCAGUGGUCUCCAUUUUGACUACUUAUUGCCCAGCAGCGACCAAAAUCACCACGAACGGCGCAACAUACACCGUUACUGGACCCACAACGCUAACAAUUACAGACUGUCCAUGCACUAUCACCAGUGUGCUCACUAAGUCUACUGCCACAGUCGCGACGGGCGUUGCUGUUACGACGUUCGUACCAUCACCAACAACCAUCACUACAUACGGAGCAACCUACACUGUCUCCGGUCCAACGACUUUGACGUUGACGAGCGGUGCAGCAGCGACGAAUGGUGGUAGUCCUGGUGCUGGUGCUGGUGCUGGAGGUACGUAUACUGGUGGUGUAACGACCACCGUUAUCGUUUCGUCCGGUCCGUCUGGUCCAGUGACACAAACCGCUGUGAUUUCCUCGGGACAAGAAGGUCCUGUCACUUCGGUUAUUGGUGGGUCUCCUGGCAGCUCUGGUAAUCCCGAAGGUUCCGGAAGUCCCGGCACACCGGUUACAACCGUUUUAGUCUCUACAGGCGCCGCGGGUCCUGUAACUCGAACCGCUGUAGUCACUCAAGGUUCGGCUGGCCCAGUUACUUCGGUGAUUGCCGGGUCACCUGGUAGUCCUGGACUCCCAGUAACAACGGUUUUGGUCUCAACCGGUCCUUCCGGGUCAGUAACACAGACUGCUGUUAUCUCCUCUGGUUCUAGCGGCCCAGUAACCUCGUUUAUCACAGGUGUAUCUGCCUCUGCUGGAUCCUCAACGGUAGCCGGUUCCAUCACAACUGCUGGUGUCUCGACACUCACGGGGGCCGCCAAUAAGGCUACUGUGGGACGUGUGGCUGGUCUUGCCGCAGUGGUCGCUUUGUUGAUAUAA